CUGGGAUAUGUCUCCCUCCCCUUCUAGUGAAUUCGUCCGAUGAACUCCAUGCGUCCCCCCGUGAUGGAUUUUUCAUCCGCUGAGACACCUACCACGGCCCAACGGAAGCGACAAAAGGUUUUCGUGGCCUGUGCACCGUGUCGCCGCAAGAAGGUGAAAUGUGAUGCCGUUCAUCCAAUCUGCACGGGCUGUCAAAGGAGUUCUGACCAGCAGCAAUGCUUGUAUACCUCACGAAGGCUCGAUAAGCACGGAACGCCGGUUCUAGCCCGGCCUGGUGAGUUAGCAGCCAUGGCGAAUGAGAGCAGCAAUGCCUUGGGCAGUCUUAGCUCGGAUGGCCCUUCUCGGCCGGGCAGGGAAGACUCUGGGGCGCAAUCGCAGGUCUGCCCCCCGUCAUGUGGGGUCGAUACCAUGACCGGCCUGCUUGGGGACACUGUCCAGACCCGCGAACAGUUCGGAAGCAGCAGUGCAGGCACUUUUACGAAACUCAUCCAGGCUGCAGCCAAGAAUGUCAACCAGUCAGCAGAGGAACCAUUACCGGGUAAUUUUGCGAGCAUGGUUGCCGAUCACUCUUUGGAUGAACCGCCUGUCUCCAGCUAUGGCGAGCCGGCUCUCAUGGUCCUCCCAGCUAGAGAUUUUGCCGACCGUUUGAUCCAGUCCUACUGGGAAUGCGAGUGGUCACUCUACCCCAUAGUUGACCGUCCCAAGAUUGAGGCCGUUUAUCAGACGGCUUGGGAUAUGGGAGGACCCCAUUGUUCGCCAACCACCCUGAGCCUGAUCAACCUCUGCUUCGCGCUGGGAUGUGCCUACUCUUCGUUGAUCCCGCCCAAGGACCGUAAGGCUAUGAGUCGGGACUUCUUCACGCGCGCAGAAGCACUGUAUCACAGGAUUCAGUAUAUUCCCUCACUAGAAAAGGUUCAAUGUCUUCUGCUCUUUAGUAUCUAUCUCCAGAGCACCGAGCACGUGUUUCGAUGCUGGAUGGCGGUCGGAGAGGCUAUCCGUAUGGCACAGAGCUUGGGUAUCUACCAACACCAGCCGCCUUCCGCGAGUGAAACGGCGGCGCUUAGAGAGCAAAAGCGGCGCACGUGGCAUGGUUGCGUGUGGUUGGAUCGGGUAAUGUCUGCUACGCUUGGCCGUCCCGGCAUGAUUCCCAGUUGGCUGUUCAACUCCGUCUCACUGCCCGCCAUGAUCGAUGACGAGUUUAUAGAUACACAGGCAACGAGCUCAGCUCUUCGCCCAGACGGCAAACCAUGCAUUCUAGCCUUUGCUGUCAAGGCAUUCGAGCUGUAUCAACUGUUCGACAAGAUUCUCCAGAAGAUCUACCUGGGCCCCAACGGGGGGGAGGACUAUGAAAACAAGCUCAUCCCUAUCCUGGAGUUCGACCGGGAAAUCCAAGCUUGGGAGGAUUCGCUCCCCGUGCAUCUCCGGUAUCACUCAAGCAUGACACGCGAUGCGCUCACUGAUCGACAGGCAAUAGUCUUGAGAAUCCGACUGCUACAUGUCCGAAUAGUGUCACUUCGUCCAGCUCUCAUCCGGCAUUGUAAACCUGGUGCUUCUACAUAUACUGCGAAGCCGCAGACACCUGCCAGUUCCUUUCUGUCGCAGGUCCUCCAUUCGGAGUCUCCGCGGCUGUGCUUCCAAUUUGCACACGAAUUGAUUGACUUGUUUGCUGCCAAACUGGACCCGGAAUCAAUGACCGGUCCUCUCCCAUCAUGGUGGUAUUCUGUUCUUUAUGUGUAUACUUCCGCCACGGUGAUACUCGUCGAGCGGUUCCUCGAGACCAAGAAUGGCGUCCCCCAGCAGAGAUCCAACGCCCUGCGGGGAUGGAGCGCAGCCGUGCGCAUCCUCCAAUCCUACAGCUUGGUGGCGGACUCCGCGGCCAAGUGUUUGAUGACUCUGGAAGCGCUGUCGGAGACCCUUUCUUCUGCGCAGCAGGCGGACACUGUUCGGGGCCCAGAAGCAGUUGAUGCCGAAGCCCGGCAUCGGGAUCUGUUCCUGGAGAUGACUCAGUUGUUGGGCGAGAAGACGACUGUGGCGCCGUUUGAUUUCGACGACUUUCUGUGGUUGGGAUGAUUCGCGAAUGCGUGACGAUCUUCUCGCUGUUUCUAGGUUGGAUCUUCUUCCAUGUUUUGCGGUCGAUUUUAGUAUAUGUGUAGGCCGUCCAUCUCUCCAGUUUGUACUUCAUACGGGUCGUAUAAACGUUGAAAGUGGGGUGAUAUCCCACAAGCCCGCCUGAUUCUUGACAAAAAUCAAACACUGUGCGUUG